AUGACGAGCCCACUUGUCCUUGUUACCGGCUCAAACGGAUAUGUCGGCUCUCUCGCUCUCCUGAAAACACUCCAAGCGGGCUACCGCGUCCGCGCCGCCGUCCGCUCCAUCUCUCGCAGCAACUUCCUUACAUCAGUCCCUGCCAUCGCCCCCUACACAUCCUCCCUCUCUUUCGUCGAAAUUCCAGAGUUUACCGCCGCCGUCAAAGACGUCGACUCCAUUCUCCAUAUCGCAACGCCUCCCCCCCCACGACCAUCCGCCGCCAACCCGACCACAGACAGCAAGGUCAAGCGCGCCGUCUUGCCCUCGAGUGCCGCCAUGCUCAUUCCCAUGCAAGUUUACAUUGAUUCUGGUGACGCCGACAACACCUACACCGCGCACAGCCGCUUUUCCGACUUCACCGAGCCGCCGUACCCGUCACCCAAGGUCGCCUACCGCGCCGGCAAGAUCCACGCGACGGUGUGGGCCGAGGACCUCGUCAAGCCGCAGUAG